UACAUACAGACAUACAUAAGUUACAUACAUACAUACAGGGCAUAAUCGUUUGUCCCUUGUGUCAAAGAGCCCAUGCAUCACACUUAUAAUCACGGCCUUUUUGUCACUCUGUAUCAGUGCAUAAUAGCCCUGUUUGUCUCAUGUUUUUGUCCGACACGGUACGGACAAUCGGGAUAAGUGUGUCUCGAAUCAUUUUGUUAUUUUAUCUUCAAUCUUUGACUACCUACCUGCUCUCAUCGUCAUUAUUACCUGUCAUAAUUAAUUCAUGAACAAAUCCCCACAAUAAUCAGGAUGAAAAGCAAUCUAGCCCGCAACAAAGACCUUCAAUACGAAGAGUUCAAAAUCAAUCAACCCUUGCCCCGACGAUAUGUAAACAGAUAACCCAGUCAUGUGAUCCCGAGUAGGUCACUUACUAUGCGUGUUGCGCCGAUGUGAUGUCAUGCAACGCAGUUUAUCUUCCCGAGAAUCUACCUCUCAGGAUUACGGCAGGCUCCUUUGGUAUGGUGUUUUUUUUUUUUCGCUGGUGAUAGCUGGUCUUACCAAUGACAAUCAUCAUCAGGAGCAACACAUCCUGAUAUUCAUCACUCCUGCAUAUCAUACCUGUGCAUGUCUCAAUCACCCGCGAAACCUAGUUUCCAUGAUGGCAGACUCCAAGCUCUCAGAUUCCUCUACCGGUGUGACAAUAGUCAGGCUUUCCCUCCCAACUACCCAUAGUAUUCCUGCUACUUAUCCCCGUGCUUCGAUGGACUUGAUCUUGACAGCUGAGAGUCUCCCGAGUAAGAUAUGCUACCUUGGCUCUGUCUCUCCGUCAAGUCCUCAUCCCUUCAGCGAUGGGGAGCCGCCCGCGGCUCAGGGAUCGUUUUCAUGUGUAUCACCUCAAAAUAAGCUCUUUGUAGACGAACCAACUUGCCCACGAAUCACCCCAAAACAAAACGCACAGCAUACCCCUUCCCUCGGCUGCUUUUUUAUUUCUUUUGACCUCGUCAAGCCACUCCCAUGCACGUUCCGUACGAAUGCAGCACCUUGUUGCCCGAAGACCCAGGUAUAAUGCGCUCGAUGUUAUACCCCUCUUCGACAAUAACCCGCUGUGGAUAACAUUAAUAGCAUUACGCAAAGCCAAUGCAUGCACAAGAACCGGUUUUCGACAUGGUUUAAAAAAGAAAAGUGGAGAGAGACAGGGCGGGCCAGGAUAGGGUUUUCGAAAUCGCCGCGCCGAGCUGGCAACUGGCAACACCCCCCCGCUUCCUUCUCUGGCCCACAUCAAGCUCAGCUCCAACCCGAUCCUUGAGCGACAGAGAAAGGCCUGCUGAAGUCUAGAACGGCUGAUUCCGAGAGGAAGAGGGAGUCCUGGUCCUGGACGUCGAAGAUUUUUGGCACUGCCAGGGUGACCAGCGUGGUAAAAUAUGCCUGUGCUAUGGCUUGUUUCACCUCGGUGGAAUAAGUUCCAAAUUCAACACAACCAAAUAAUUGAAAGGAAGAAAGAAAUCAGACAGUGGGAGGGGGCGAUUUUGCGCAAUCAGACCGAUGUUCCCUCGUCGUUGCUUCUUGGGCUUGGGCGUUGGCGUUCUUAGGCCUUGGAAGCCACUAAGGCAAAGCCUAACAAACUUGGGGAGUAUUAGCGAAUCAUUCGAGAACAUACCCACAAAAUGCCUCUGGAGACUCUCAGUCGGAGUAAAAUACGCCCGCGUGGCUUAGUGGUAAAGCGUAUCACUAGUAAUGAUAAGAUCCUCGGUUCGAUUCCGAGUGUGGGCAGAUUCAAGUAUUUUCUUUUUAUUUUUUUUAUUUUUUUCCUUCUAAUUUUAUCUUGUUGGCCAGUUGCUAUCUUGUGUCCCUCUGCUCUUUGUUUCUCAAAUCUUAUUGUUACACUGAUUUUGAACCGUGAAGGAAUCUACAGACAGUCAGUUAAAGAACCAACCUCCCUCUAAGUUCGGAGUUAGGUUAGCAAUGUGGACAGCCAUGUUUUUGAUAUCCAGAGUCCUGCUUGCUGAUACUUUCCGAAACUUCGGGCCUGGCAGCGGCUUCUCGGAACCGCUCUAAAUAUCCUCAGCAAAGGUCCCAGACUUGAUCCUGAGCUUCUGCGCCUUGCAAAAGUUGGGAGAAAACCAGAGGCCCAUGUGUGUCUGAGCGCGGAUUUGAUAGGGCGGACGGCGCUAAAUGACAAUGACCCAGCUCCCAUAGGAAUUGAUCUUUGGAAGUACCAAGUUAUUAUUAUUCGUGAGAAAGUGUUUCCAUCCAAUCUUACUCCUUUGAACAUAACAGGUUAUCCGGUUAUACUACUUUCGUUUUAUAUCUAUGGAUUGAUCACCGGCUUCGGAUGAAUGGCUACUAGCUUAGCUAUUCGUGCAAUAUGGCGAGGAGGUUCAACUUCUUCCCUCCUCCAAUUCUGCCUCAAUUCUCAAAAAUAGUUAUCGUUGUCCCUUCUCUGGCACUCUAGGUAGAUCAUAGAUCAAUUAUUCAUUUUUGUUUCUUUCCACGGAGAAAUCUCUAUUUAAAAAAUCUUGUCUUCCACUGCGGAGUGGAUCCCUGACAUUUGUCGCUGUCAUCCAUUUUAUUUGUUUUUUACCUCGGAUUUCCAUUCUUGUCGGCAUCCACCAGUGGGCCACCACCAACCCCCGCUUCCGGCAUUCAUAAAAAAUAAAUAACAACCGAAAGCAAAACAAAGAAAAACAAAGAACAGGAUUGAUUCCUUGCCCUAGUGGUCGCUAAUCGCGUUAAUGCUGUGGGUCUUGGCUCAUGAGGCUUGUACCUAUACCGAGAUAAUAAUGGUAUUGCAUAACUCCAAGAAAGGGAGGGGGAAAAAACCUGGUUAUGUAUGUAGUUAGCUUAUAGACGGCCCUUGACAGGGCCUAAGUCUAACAUCUGGUUUGAUGUGAGAAUCAUGGCAGCCCGGAGUUGUGUUUGCGAUAGGGGAUAUACUAUUCUCUCUGUGUGGCUAUUGUAAAAUAAUCGCUGCAUUAGGAUAUAAAUGAAUGAAUGGUAUUUGAAUUGAAACAUGGCGCCCAGAAGAACAGACGCACCCUCCUUACCACCAAGCGCCUCCCCACAUUUUGUGGAGAACAUGUUCGUCAAACAAAUAUCGGGUCUCACUCUAUGCAAGGAACCAGAAAAAGAAAGCAGGAAUUGGUGAAAAGUUGGUUGGGCUAGCUUACUAAGAGAGAGAUAUAUGACAAUCUCUCCCCAUAGUUAAUUUAUGUAUGGGUGGGUAAGGAUUGGCCUCAUGUGUGUUUCUGAAUUUCUCCUUUACAGCUGAGGAAUCCUGCUUUACUAGUUUCUGGCAGAAUAUGACAGCCGUCUGCGUUGGCAAUGAUAGGCCUGCGAGGAGAAUUAUUCCAUACAUCCUGAAAAUGAGUAUCAGUUAUUCAUUGGUUGUGGAUGCGCAGCAGGCAUCCAUAGCCACGUCAUCAACGGGGGGAAUUUUUUCUAUCUCAAAUUCUA